AUGAUGAACCCAAAUGAAGCGCAAGACCACCAUAGGCCAGGGCAAUUGUUCUUGAGGCAGCAAAUUCCGCAGAACACCUUUCCACCAGCGACGGCAGUUUUGGCGCCCUUCCAGCCUCUCCAACCGGCACAAGCAGGCUGCUCUGGCACUGCACCACUGCCUCUAGCUCCCACGCCACCUGAAACACCAGAACCCCAAGAGGCGUCCGAGUCUGGCAAUUCAGGGAAAGCAGGAAGAGGGUACGGAAAAUGGGGAGAAGAAGAGGAGAAGCUUCUUGUGCAGUUAUGGUGUGACAAGCACACGAGGCUAGAGUCGCGGCACGCGAGACAAGUCUGGGAGGAGAUUGCUCAGGAAAUUUCGAAGAUCCGAAAAGUUACCAGUGUCCACUGCCAACGGAAAAUGAAAUACCUUAAAGAUAGGUACAAGGAGGCCAAAGACCACAACCGUCACAAGACUGGGGGCGAAUGAAAAACCUCGCCAUUUUAUGAUGAGAUUGACUCCGUUCUUGGAUGUCGUGACAUCGUGACAUUCAGUCACAUUGAAGAAUCUGCGCCAGGAUCUUCUUCGAGUUGCCCUAAUUCAAAUGGAAAGGAGGGAGGACCAGAAGACGAUGAAGAAUUCAAACAGUCUCUCGCUGCCUUUGGUCUUAAACGAAAGAAGGAAAGGAAGAGUCAACGCGACGAAAGAAGGUGCGCCAAAGGUGCAAAAGCUCCGUGCAAAGAACAAGAAGAAGGGGAUACUCUUUUCCGCAAGAGUAUGAAGAAGUUGCAGAAGCAGGGAGACAAAAUUUCUGGGGUGCUGGAAUCAAUGGAAAGAAAUCAAGCACAGCAGCUCCAGCUCAUGAAUCAAUUUAUGAACAAUUAUAUGCAAGCAAUGCAAUCAUCAAAGGACAAGUAG